GUUUCCGCUCUCUCGGACAAAGAGAGUCGGUCUGGUCAUUGUUGCAAUCUCUCACUACUACGAAUUUACUAGAUGCGCUUCUUCCCAUAUUCGAUCUUUUCAAACUUCUCCCGAGGUUCUACACCCGCUUAAGCUCUAGAAGCUCAUCAUGAAGCCUCUAAAAGACGUUUGGGGUGAACUCUCCAAACCUCUCCCCGCAGGAUUGGGCGCCAAACGCAUCGGGAAAGCCCUCACACCCAAAGAGCUAUAUGAGUUGAGCUAUAUUCUCCACCGGUCUGAAUUCACUCACCUCGCUGAAGGUCGCGCCAAUGCCGUCUUCAGCAUUAGGGAGCCAAAGGAUCCAACGGUUCCCUCGGGGUUCUUCCGGGGAACCCUAUUACGUGUGCCCAAAGCCACCCCCGAUGUCACGCCGUGCGACUACGAAACCCUUCAGGACUUUCAAGAGAAAUUCGUCGACGUUCACGUCGGACGGCAGCACAUCGUUCCCCAGAUUCUCAUUCAGAUUCCCCAGGCUGUAGCAGAUGCUCUUAACUUUAAGCGUGAUAACGCUCUUCGAGCUAAAGGGAUUAGGGGUGACCAGAGCAUCAUCCAAGCUGGACAUGCCAUGCUCGUGGAAGAUAUGGGCCCGUCUCCAGAUUAUAUAGCUCUGGAGUUUAAGCCAAAGUGGCUGGCCCAAGCCCCGAUGGCCCCCGAAAAUGCAGCCCGUUGUCGAACUUGUGCGAGGGAGGCCCUACGCAACGGCAAGUUGAGAAAGCGAGGGCAUAAGAUAACUACGCCCGUGUGUCCCCUUGGCCUACUUCACAAGAGCCAUGCCGUGGUCAUGAGCACCAUCGACCAGCUCGCACCUAAGUGGAGCGAGCGGGACCGGGCUCGACUAGCCAAAGCUCUCAGAGAGAGUGGCGUGCUUGAACGCCUUAGGGACCUGCAAGAGGAAGGCGAUUCGGGAGAUGCGUUAUUUACCAGGCCUUCGGAUACGAAUUUCGGUUUAUCUAUGACGUUACGGGACUGCUCUUGCUUCGUCCGCAUGCCGAUCGACGAGGACGCACCCGUCAUCAUCAAGCUUGCCGACGUAGACAAGAAAAACUGGCUUCAGAAGCAGUCGUAUUGGCAGAAGCGACACGACGACCUCGUCAUGGGUGGGUGGUACGACGGUAGCGAGAGCCCGCCGAUAGAAACCGCUUGCGUGCUAAGACUUGAUUACUGUCUUAGACGUGGCCUCGAAAUCCCACCGGCGUUUCGCGCGAGGCUGAAGCGUUAAAGAGCUGUAGAAGUAAGGUGUGGUUACGCUGCGUCCGGAGGGUUUUCCUAUACGUCACGGGG